CUACUGGGUCAGACCCGUCUGCAAAGACAGCACAGUCACUCCAGGAGUAGGACCAGACCCUCCCCAGAGCUCCCUCCUGAGAGGGUGGGUCGCAGGCGCAGCAUGCCGGGCAGCGCUCUGGACAAAAGCACCUCCAUGGAGCCGGCCACCUCUACCACAUUCAAAGUCACGGGCUUCCUGAGCCGCCGACUAAAGGGCUCCAUCAAACGCACCAAGAGCCAACCCAAGCUGGACCGCAACAGCAGCUUCAGAAACAUCCUGCCGGGCUUCAAGACCACAGACAAUGACAGAUCCCAUCUGAUGCCGAGGCUGAAGGAAUCGCGGUCUCACGAGUCGUUGCUCAGCCCCAGCAGUGCAGUAGAAGCUUUAGAUCUCAGCAUGGAGGACGAGGUGUUGAUCAAACCGGUGCACGGCAGCAUCCUGGGCCAGGACUACUGCUUCGAGGUAACCACUUCCACUGGAACCAAAUGCUUUUCGUGUCGGUCAUCUGCCGAGAGGGACAAAUGGAUGGAAAACUUAAGGAGAGCUGUACAUCCUAACAAAGACAACAGUCGGCGUGUGGAGAACCUUCUAAAAUUGUGGAUUAUUGAGGCCAAGGACCUUCCAGCCAAGAAAAGGUAUUUCUGUGAGUUGUGUCUGGACGACACGCUUUACGCACGGACUACCUGCAAACUCAAAAUGGACAAUGUAUUCUGGGGAGAGCACUUUGAGUUCAACAACUUACCUUCCGUCAAAAGUGUCACUGUCCACCUGUACAAGGAGUCGGACAAAAAGAAAAAGAAGGACAAGAACAACUAUGUGGGCCUGGUCAACAUUCCCGUCGGUGCCGUCACGGGACGCCAGUUUGUGGAGAAGUGGUAUUCUGUGAGCACGCCCAACCCGAACAAAGGGAAAACUCCCGGACCUAUGAUUCGGCUCAAGUCGCGGUACCAGAGCAUGAGUAUCCUGCCCAUGGAGUCAUAUAAGGAGUUUGCAGAGUACAUCACCAAUAACUACAUGCUGCUGUGCUCCAUCCUGGAGCCUGGCCUCAGUGUGAAGAACAAGGAGGAGAUGGCCAGUGCCCUGGUUCACAUCCUACAGAGCACCGGCAAGGCUAAGGACUUCCUGACUGACCUGAUGAUGUCAGAAGUGGAUCGCUGUGGGGAGAACGAGCACCUGAUCUUCAGGGAGAACACACUGGCCACCAAAGCCAUUGAGGAGUACCUUAAACUGGUGGGGCAGAAGUACCUGCAGGACGCACUAGGAGAGUUCAUCAAAGCCCUGUACGAGUCAGACGAGAACUGCGAGGUGGACCCAGGGAAGUGUUCCUCAGGAGACCUCCCUGAGAACCAGAGCAACCUGAAGAUGUGCUGUGAGCUGGCCUUCUGCAAGAUCAUCGACUCCUACCGUGUUUUUCCGCGGGAACUGAAGGAGGUGUUCGCCUCGUGGAGGCAGCAGUGCAGCAGUCGGGGCCGGCCGGACAUCAGCGAGCGUCUGAUCAGUGCCUCUCUGUUCCUGCGCUUCCUGUGUCCAGCCGUUAUGUCCCCGUCACUUUUCAACCUGAUGCAGGAGUAUCCCGACGACCGCACCGCUCGCACCCUCACGCUCAUCGCCAAGGUCACGCAGAACCUCGCCAACUUCACCAAGUUUGGUAACAAGGAGGAGUACAUGUCCUUUAUGAACCACUUCCUGGAGCACGAAUGGACCAACAUGCAGCGCUUCCUGCUGGAGAUCUCCAACCCAGAGACCAUCUCCAACACGGCAGGGUUCGAGGGUUACAUCGACCUGGGCCGCGAGCUCUCAUCCCUGCACUCCCUGCUGGCCGAGGACGUCUCUCAGCUGGAUCAGAGCACAGCCUCUAAGCUGGGUCCCCUGGCCCGUAUACUGCGGGAUGUGAACUCCGCUCUGACCAACCCAUCUGGGGUCCAGGUGUCCACCCCCACAGAUGGCAUGGGCUCUCCUCCCCUCCCCCUCCCAUUGGCAAGCUGCAACCUCUCUACCGGCCUACCUCUUCACAAGAUAGUCGUGGACAGCGAGCUCUCUGGGUUGGUGGAUUUUACGAGGCUGCCGUCGCCAACCCCAGAGAACAAGGAUAUAUUCUUUGUGACGAGGAACUCUGGCAUCCAGCAGUCUCCAGCCAGAAGCUCCAGCUACUCGGAGGCCAACGAGGCUGAGGUGCAGCUCCCCAACAGCAGCAAGAGUCUGUCCAUGGUGGACCUGCAGGAAAGCCGCAGCGUGGAGAGUACCCCUGGCCCCGGCCCUGGCUCCCCCAGCGACAUGCUCUUCAACGACAGCCAGUCCCCCGUCACCCCUGGGCCUGGGGGUUGGGCCACCCGCACCCCGCAGGGCAUCAUCCCCACCCCCGGCCCCGGGCCCACUCUAAGGAGGACGGGCCAGACCCCCACCACCCCCAGCACAGAGAGCAGCACCCCAGGGAGGCCCACCCAGCUCCUGGCCCCGCUCUCCUUCCAGAACCCUGUUUACCAGAUGGCCACGGGGAUGACCAUGAGCGUGUCCCCACGGGGUCCCCUGGGCGACUCGGGCUCCGAUGGCCACAGCUCCGUCAGCUCUCAGGGCAACAACACAGAGGACACCCCCAAGCAUCCGGGGGUCUUCCUCACCCAGGGGGUGGCGGUCAGUAGUGGAGGAGGCAGUAGCAGUGAGUUCACCACCCGCCGCCAGCUGUCCCUCGGGGAGCACCAGCCCAACGUGCCGCGGCAGAACAGUGCCGGCCCCCAGCGCAGGAUAGACCAGCCCCCUCCGCCCGUCACCAGGGGCAGGACACCGCCCAACAUGCUCCAGACAGCCUACCCCGGGCCGCGGCCCUCCAGUGGCAGCAUGAUGUCAUCAUCCCCCGACUGGGGGCCCAGUGGCGGCAACCGUCUGAGACAGCAGUCGUCCUCGUCUAAAGGGGACAGUCCUGAGACCAAGCAGCGCACCAUGCACAAACAGGCGGCCUCCCCUGUGAACCCCAAUGCCCUGGACCGUACUGCUGCCUGGCUGUUGAAUAUGAAUGUGCAGUAUUUAGACCAUGAGGGAGUUGACCCAGAUACCAAGCACAGGGAAGACCUCAGAAACAAAGAGGAGCUCACCCAGACUGAAAAGGAAAUAGCCAUCCUGCAGGACAGGCUGUGUCAGUCAGCCAAAAAGCUGGAGGAGUAUGAGUGUCACCUGAAGGGCCAGGACGAGCAGACCCAGACGAUGCUGCUGGAGUACCAGGCGCGCCUGGAGGACACAGAGGAGCGUCUGAGCCGGCAGCAGGACGACAAGGAGCUCCAGAUGAAGAGCAUCAUCACCAGGCUGAUGUCAGUUGAAGAGGAACUGAAAAAAGAUCAUUCAGAUAUGCAGUCGAUAGUGGACUCAAAACAGAAGAUCAUUGAAGCCCAGGAGAAACGCAUCGCCUCUCUAGACGCGGCCAACGCCCGCCUGAUGAGCGCUCUGACCCAGCUGAAGGAGCGCUACAGCAUGCAGACUCGUAACGGCAUCUCCCCCACCAAGCUCCAGAUCACGGAGAACGGAGAGUUCAGGAACAGCAGCAACUGCUAG